UAUAAUAAAAAAAAGUAAAAACUACAAAUAUGUAAUACAUGCUCUCUGCAUAUUCAUCUGCGCACCCGUGCACUUUGUAUACACUUUGUAUGUAUGUGUCACUAGAAGGACAAGUAAAUUUCAUGAAAAACUUAGAAGUUUUAUUGAAAGGAUCGAUUAAUUAUGUGUUUCCUAAAGAUCCUGGUAUAGUGAGAGUGAGGAAGCCAGAAGAUAUCAAAACAGGGAACAAUAUAACCACAAUAUUAGAUUUUAUCGGUUUAGUAGAACAAUAUGGUUACUCCGCCGAAGAGCAUUAUGUCACAACGGAAGAUGGUUAUAACUUAGUAAUACACAGGAUAUCAGGCAGUCCUUUAUUUAAGGGUCAACAGAGAAAAAAAGUUGUAUUCUUCCAACAUGGGACGAUGAUCUCAUCUGAUUUCUGGGUGUUGUUUGGUCCUGAUAGAGACCUUGCAUUCUUAUUAGUUGAUCAAGGAUAUGAUGUAUGGCUUGGAAAUAUCAGGGGAAAUUCUUAUAGUAGAUCACAUAUCAAAAUGUCUCCACGAGAUAAGGACUUUUGGCAAUUUAGCUAUCAUGAGAUGGGAACGAAAGACCUACCAGCUAUGAUCGAUUAUGUACUUAAUUACACAAAACAAAAAAGCCUACGCUACAUUGGUUAUUCGAUGGGAACUACUAUGUUCUUCGUUUUACUAUCCAUGAGGCCCGAAUACAAUGCAAAAAUAGAAUUGGGAAUCUGCCUUGCUCCAGUCGCUAUUUGGAAAGAAAUAGCUCCUCUAUACCAAUUUCUUCAAAGUCAAAAACAAAUUAUUAGGGUA